AUGUCCGGUGACGAGCAAGAUGCCCUUGAUGCGCUUGAGAGGGAGGCCUCCGACUUCGUGAAAGAUGCAGAAAUUGACCGGAUACGGAAGGCAUUCGUCCUGGAUGCCUACGCGGUCCUCGAUCUUCAACCCGGAGUACCAGAGAAAGACAUCAAGAUACAAUACCGAAAGAAAUCCCUCCUCAUUCACCCCGAUAAAACAAAGAACCCCGCAGCGCCGGACGCCUUCGAUCGCCUGAAGAAGGCACAGUCGGCUCUGAUGGACGAGAAGCAGCGCGAAUACCUUGAUGGAUGUAUUGCGGAUGCGCGGCGGUUAUUGAUCCGCGAACACAAGUACACAUUGGACUCGCCGGAGCUGAAGACGGAAGAGUUCAAAAAGGAGUGGCGGGCAAAGACAAUUCACGUCCUAUUGGAAGAGGAAGCGCGGCGGCGAAGGCAGGCCAAGGCCAAAUUACAAGAGGAAGGACGGGAGAGGCGAAAAGAGGAAGAGGAGAUCGAAGAGCGGAAACGGAAACGAGACCAGGAUAAGGCAUGGGAGGAUACGCGGGAUCAACGAAUUGGAAGUUGGCGUGAGUUUCAGAAAGGGCACAAAAAGGACGGAGACAAGAAGAAGAAAAAGAUGAAGGUCUUAGGGUGA